AUGGCCGAUGUGACACUUUAUUCAAGAUCACUAUCAGCUCCGAUUACACUUUUUAAACAUGAUGAAUUAAUACAGAGGGAAACAUCAAUAAGGAAUUUAAGCAAAGAAAGUGCUCUAUUUAUCUGGUAUCAAUUACUGUUUGAAAUUGUGUUAGGAUCCGCGCCAUCUAUUAAUGCGCGAAAGGAAAUGUUGAAUGAAUUUAAACAAGCAUAUCACAAUAAUCCGAUAGAAUUAAAAAAAAUUUCUGAAUUUCAAUUCAAUUAUUCACCUAAAACAGCUCUACGAUGGUAUACACGCGAUUGUUUUCUAUUUCGUUCACUCAAUAAAUCGAUGCGAAUACAGAAUGUCGUAGAAAUUUACAAAUAUCGUUGGUUUCUUCGUGAUUUACACGAACAACUAUCUCAAUUACACUCGACUCAAUCAGCUAUAUUGACAUUUUCAAAAGUUUAUCGAGGUCAAUUGAUUAGUUUUGAAGAAUUAGAACAAAUGAGAUCAAAUAUUCAUGGUCUUAUUUCAUUGAAUACUUAUUUUUCCACAUCAACUAAUAAAGAUGUGGCUAAUGAAUUUUGUGGUGGAGGAUUGGCACGACCCAACUAUGAAUCAAUUAUUUUUACCAUCCAUAUCAAACCGAAUAUGACAAUGAAACCAUUUGCUAGUAUUCAAGAAUUCAGCUAUAUGCAAGACGAGAAUGAGGUACUUUUUAGUGCAGGUACUGUUUUUCGUAUAAUUGCUAUUCACGAACCAACCGAUGGAAUUUGGUCAGUUGAACUUGAACUUAGCAAUGAUAUGCAAGAAGAUUGGGAUGAAUUCAUGCGUUAUAUGCGUACAGAAAUGCUUGAGCGACCGACGCUAUUUACAAUGGGCAACUUUUUAUCAGAAAUGGGAGAUCUUGAAAAAGCCGAACAAUAUUACCAAUUGUUGAUCAAUGAACUUGAACAUGAGAAUGAUAUGGGUGCUGUUUUAACAGCCAUUGCAGGAGUACACUAUCGGAGAUGUGAUUACUCCACUGCUAUUUCCUACUGUGACGAUGGAUUGAAACGAAUGAUCAAUUUACCAGAAACUCACCCUGAUCUUGCUACGGCAUAUAAUCUAAGAGGAAUGAUUCAUGAUGGUAUGAAUCAGUUGGAUGAUGCAAUGCAUUGUUAUGAGCAUGCAUUACACAUACACGAACAGUCAUUGCCACUGAACGAUCUAUUGAUUGCCUCGGAUCUCAGUAAUAUGGCUUCUGUUGAUUCAACAGCACAUCGUUUUGAUCAAGCAUCAAAAAGAUUUGAGCAAGCUCUAAAGAUCAAACUAUCUAUUUUACCGAAAGAUCAUCAUAGUGUUGCUCGUACAUAUGUCAAUAUGGGUUUGUUGUAUGCUGAACAAAAAAAUUGGACACUAGCUAUGAAUUUUUACGAUAAAGCUUUAGCGAUUCAACAGAAAAUUUUACCAACUACACAUCUCGAUCUAAGCGUAACAUAUGUGAAUAAAGCUCGUAUUUUCAUUGAACAACAAAACUUCGAUGUUGCAAGACAACUUUGUAAACAGGCACUUGAUAUUCAAUUGAUAACUGUUCCCUUGAAUAGUAACUACUUGGCAAAUACGUAUAGUCUAUUAGCAACUAUAGAUAUUCAAACAGGUAAUCGUCUGCAAGCAUUACAUUCUUUAGAAAAAGCUUUACAAUUCGAACAAGAUUGUCAUAUAUCAUGGGAAAGAAUUUGUCAUUUACUGAAUCGAAUAGGUGACAUUCACAUAAAAAAUGGUGAUUAUCAAUUGGUGUUGAAAGCAUUUAUGGAAGCACUUGAUUCGAUUCCUGCGGCAACGUAUGGUCUUCUACGUUUCGCAACGUACAACAAUAUUGCUAUUGUGUAUUAUAAUAUAGGUAACUAUACGAUGGCUCUAAAAUAUUAUCAUCAGUCUAUGGAUUGUUUGAAUACUAUGAAUAGUCCGCCAUCGAAUAUAAAUUUACUUCUUCUGUAUCAGAAUAUUGGUUUGAGCUAUGUAGCUAUUGAACAAUACGAUUUGGCAUUGGAAUAUUUUGCUCGUGUGUUCAGUCUUACUGAUGAAUCAUCUAUUCUUGCUAAAAAUUUUUCAAACAUAGGAAAUGCUCUUUUUCAUAAGCAGGAUUAUAGUGAAGCUUUACAAAAUUAUGAACUGGCACUUAAUCAUUAUCCCAUAAAUGACAGUGCUCGAGCUGCUACAUAUAACAGCAUUGGAAUGAUUCAUCAAUUGUUAGGAGAUAUUCCUCGUGCUCUGAACAAUUAUCAACAAGUAAUACAUGUUUUACAAACGAUCGAAUGCCCCAAUAGGAACGAAGAACUAGCAGCAGUAUACAGUAAUAUUGCCUAUGCAUAUUUGACCAUCGAUAAUCUGUCUGAAGCGAAGAUUCAUUUUCAGAAGCAACUCGAAUACGAGACGAAUGAUAAUGCGAAACGUGAAGUGGAACAGAUGCUUGCUAAUCUUUGAUGGAAUUUGCGCAUAGCCUAAAAGGUAUAGACUGAUUGGUGAUCUUUUCUUUAAUUCUAUUCUUCUUAAAACUAGUGGUGCAUCUAAUACAAGUUUUACCGAAGGGUUAAUAAAUACAGAAUCUUCACUGAUUCUACGACGAUAUUGACACUCAAUGUGCACACGGGUCGUUGACUAUGGAACGGCCGAUGUGGGUGGGUGUGGCGUGUGGGUACGUGUGGGUGUGGGUGGGUGUGAAUGUGGAUGUCGGUGUCGGUAUGAGUAUGGAUAUCAGAAUAAACCACACCCAUAUCCACACUCACCCACAGCCACAGCCACCCACACUCACACCCACCCCCACCCCACCCCCAUAUACAUCCACCCCCACACCCCACAAACACACCCACACUCACACACCCAUAUCCACACUCACCCACACACCCACACCCCACACCCUAUUGUUUAUGGUCUCGCUAGUGAAUAACGUACUAGUGGUCGAUAUAUAUGUAAACUCUAUAAGAUAGGCACCUCCGUAAGGUGGGCGAUUUGAACAAGUCCCAUUGAUGCCCAUGUAGGAGAGGUUCUACUGUAUAUUUUCUUUAAAUAAACUAUCAAAAGAAUUAUAGAUACGUUAACUAUUAUCGGCGCCAGAAGUCAGUGCACUCGGAUGUUUUUUGAAUAAC